CAGCAUUCCGCUUUUGAGAAGCAUCAUCUGAGCAAGUCAGACCCAUCUGUUUUGUUUGGGAAUGCAGUGGAAUGUUCAUUUGGUAACCUGCUUCCGGACCACGCAGGUGGAAGGAUGUCAGCACAGCUCCAUCAAAGAAGCCUUAUCGCAAGGCACCCCGCAGCAUCGCGAGAUCCGGCAUGAGGUGCCCAUCAUUCGGGAUGAUCAGGAUGGAGUCAUCUUGGCUGAGCAGAGUCAGGAACCCUUGACGGAUGCAGAAAGGAUGAAGCUGCUGCAGCACGAGAAUGAAGAGCUGCGCCGAAGGCUGACAUAUGUGACUAACAAAAUGGAGGCUAUGGAAAGGGAGCUGGAGUCAGGGCAGGACUACCUGGAGAUGGAGCUGGGCCAGAACCGCGAGGAACUGGAGAAAUUCAAGGACAAAUUCCGUAGGUUGCAGAACAGCUACACUGCUUCCCAGAGAACCAACCAAGACCUGGAGGAGAAGCUGCAUGCCCUGAUUAAAAAGGCAGAGAUGGACCGCAAGACACUGGACUGGGAAGUUGUAGAGCUCACUAAUAAAUUGCUUGAUGCCAAAACCACCAUCAAUAAACUGGAGGAACUCAAUGAACGCUAUCGACAGGACUGUAACCUUGCAGUACAGCUGCUCAAGUGUAACAAAUCCCACUUCAGGAACCACAAGUUUGCUGAUCUUCCCUGGCUGCAGGACAUGGUCAAUAAGCAUUUGCACAGCACUCAGGAGUCCACAGGGCCCAGUCAAGAGGCAGCCCACACCUUGGCUCCAUCUGAUGUUGUGCCCACUUCAGUCAUUGCCAGAGUCUUGGAGAAACCAGAAUCUCUGGUUCUGAAUUCAGCCAAGUCUAGCAGUGGCAGCUGUCCUAUGGCUGAGGAUGUCUUUGUGCACGUGGACAUGAGUGGAGCCCCUCCUGAUGCCUGCAACAGCACAAGGCAGGUGGGCAAAGAGGGAGGAGAUGCAGGGAAACAGCAGAAUGGUGGCUGCAAGCCGCAGAGCAGUGUGGAAAGCAUGCCAGAGGAGGUGCCUGCCUUUGAGAAGCUAAGUCCGUACCCUACACCCUCACCUCCCCAUCCUAUGUACCCUGGGCGCAAAGUGAUUGAGUUCUCUGAGGACAAGGUGAGGAUCCCAAAGAACAGCCCCCUGCCCAACUGCACAUACGCUACACGCCAGGCCAUCUCCCUCAGCCUGGUACAGAGCGAAGAUGAGAGCUGCGACAGGCAGCGGACGCUUCCCAACAGCCCCGCUUCAGAAGGGCGCCGUUCAGCCUCCAGCUGUUCCUGUCAGCUCCCCAAAGCAGCUAGAGCUCAUGGCUCUUCCAGAGCAGCCCAUUCAGCAGCCCUCCCCAAAUUUCCUAGCGCCUUUGCCAGCUCUGCCAGUUCUGAGGAGGAUCUGCUGGCCAACUGGCAGCGUAUGUUUGUGGACAAGGCACCCCCCACCUCGGAGCAGGUCCUGAUGAACCGCACAGCUUUCAGCCGUGACACGGCCCCUGAGCUCCAGAAGAGGUUCAGCCGCUCCAUGCAGGAGCUGGGUAGGGCAGCCUCAAUCUACUCAGAUGGGGAGGAGUCUGCACAGAGCUGCAGCUGGACCGUGAGCCGGGACUCGAGUGUGGACACUGACAGCACCGAGUCCAGAGCCCGCAGGAGUCAUUUCUCCUCAGACUAUGGUACAGAUUUCUCCCAGGAUGAAACCCAGAAGCUGUUGCAGGAAAGUGUUGGAGGCACUGCUGAGCCUGGAAGCCCCUCACAAGAGAAGCACAAGGACUAUGUUGACCUUGGCUUGCCUGAGAGCCCAUCUGAGGAGAGAGAAACAUUGCCAGGAGGCAAGGAGACCAACCAAGGAGGUGCCCAAGAGGAAAGUGGAGAAGGUAGAGUCAAGGCUCCUGUCAGUCGGCCUCACCGCAGCCCCAAGAGGAUGGGGGUCCACCACUUACAUCGCAAGGACAGUCUGACACGCCAGGAGCAGGGCAACCUUCUCAGCUGAGGCAGGGAAAGAUGCUGCAGAGCCGUGGGGAUACCUCCAUCUCACCAACUUCUGAGGGAGAAACCUCCCUUAGUACCCUCUUCCCAGAGGGGCUCUGCUCUGAAAUUUUCUAUUUAUUCUCUUUUGCUACCUAAAAGAGCUGGGGUCCCCCUCCCUGGCACCUCAUACCCACAGUACCAGCACACACAGUGUGCGGAAGCACACUCACUGCCCCAGCACACUCACAGCUCUCUUCACAGCCUCACACUUGUGCCUGUACCGGAGCUUGUUUUUGGUACCCCUCAUCCUGGUGCCUGUGCCUCUUUACACUCACAUCUUCCUUCCCCCUUCCCACUCAGGUACCAGAGGCCCUGGGUGCUCUCAUGCUGGAUUUCUCUGCCCUCUUUUAACCUGUGCCAACAGGACAGAGUGCCUGUGUGGUGGUGUCUGAUUCCCUGGGGGCCCCCAGGGGCCAUGAGUGGGGCAUGAGGACUCUCCCAAUGGAUGGUUCUGUGUCCCCUGAGGAUGUGCUGGGAUUGCUGGUGUCUCAUUUUCUUUCUGGGUUUUGUUUUCCUCAGCUGCCCUCUGGAUGGUUCUCCAGAAUCUGCCUCUGCAGGUCCCCAUCACUUGGCCUCUGCGUUGGGUUCAGCACCGGGCCCCACUGAGGCAGGGCACAGAUGUGGUGCUGUGGCAGGGGCACGGGUGCAUGGCUGCUGGGGUGGUUGGGGAGGCACUGCCUGUGAGGUGCUGGGGUUAGUGUGUGUGUGUCUCCUCCCUUGCACCUCUUCUUCCUGCUCUCUGUGCUGUUGUUUUGUUUGAACGGUGCUGGUGCUUUGCUCUUGGGUGGGCUUCUUUCUUCUUUCCAAGCCUUUGGUUUUGGGGUGUAUUGUUUUUUCUUUAUCCCCGCCCUGCAUAAACAGACGCAGCCGUUGGCAGCCGGUCUGAUGCCUGUUUGAAGGUGUGUUGAGGAGGCUCAGCUCUCAGAGCUGCACUUCCCUCUGAUCCUUGCUUCCAGCCUGCAGAAACCCCUCCGGACUCAAGAAUAAGGUCUCACCUUGGGUGAGCAAAGUGUGGAAGAUGCUACUGGGCAUUUCUGGGCAGGGCUGGAUGCAGGGCCAGUGGGGAUGGGAGGGCAGCAUGCUGAGGAGAAACACUACCUCACAGUUUGGCAACAGCCCUUUGUUGGGGUGUCCUUGAGUGCCCCUUUCUCUGAGGGGAUCCAGGCUGGCUCUGGUGCCUCUCCAGAGCCUCCCCUUGUGGGUAGGGCCUCUCUGCCUGUUUUUCCUUGUGUAGUGUGACAUCGUGUGACUUUUCCUCUCAGUCUUGUGUGCUCAGUGUCUUGUUGGGGGGAGGGAAGGGUUGAGGUCUGUAGGUGUAGGGUUGAGGUUUUUUUGAGGGCUUAAAAAGCCUAGGCAUCCUCUUUUAAUUUUGUCCUGUGUCCUUGUCUGCCUGGUGUUUCUUGACUCUCCCAGGAGUAAGAGGCAGAGAAUAGCCUGGUUCCCUGUGCUGUAGCCCCUCAGAUUCUGCUGUCCUUAGCCUGCUGUCUGGUUUUUGAGUUGGGUUUGUGUUGUUCUCCCACCCUACUCAAUGAGGGCACUUCACUGGGCUGUAGGAGACCAAACCUCUGUCCUGGAGGGAGCUCCUGUUCAUAUGCUUACAGCAAGAUGUGCAGCCAAGAGCUGUCUGGGGGCCCUGCUCCCCUCCCCAAGUCCCUGUUUCUGCAAAGGGCAUGCAGCUUGCAGCUGAGGCCAGCCAGGGCUUCAGCUGGAGCCUGGAGGCUCCAGAGCCUGUGAAAGGGAGCUGCAGGCCUCUGGUGGCUGUGUGGGUUGGUUCACCUACCUUGGCUAGAGCUGCUGCCUACAUGCUCGCCUUGUUCCCACCUCAAACAGAUGUGAAGCUGGAUGCCACCUGGUGGGGAGGUGGGACGCAGUAUUUCACUAAAGUGUUUCACUUGAUACCUGUGCUAACAGACUGGUGCUGAGAGUGGGAGCUUCCUCUGAGCCUGCAGGGUUGUGGGGUCCUUUUGCUCUCAUCAGCUUCUCUACUGCUGCACUUUUUUCAGUUCUUCUGCAGUGUUGCUGAGGGCUUGAACCUGCAGAGGCUGCCAGCUCCUGUCUCUCAGACAUUACUUGAGUUUGGAUGCUCACUGAAUGAGCUCCUCAGGUUCUGAGGCUGCUGGUGGCCUGCCUGUGGGACAGCAUGGCCACUUGGGCAAUGGGGGAGUCAUUGCCCCUCAGGGUUCAGCCCCCUCUCCCCUAAAUCCUGGCAUGUUGGUAAGGAGACAAAACCUGCUCUUCCUAAAGCAGCUGGUGCUGAUAGUGCUGGGCAGAGCCAGCCUCCCUCUGCUUCACGUCAAGGUAGACUUGAAAGUGAAACUGGAGAAAUGGAGGGGUGGCAAAGGGGUGCCCAGUGCCUCACCAGACACUUUUGCUUCAUAGAAUCAGGCUUCUGGCAGAGGUUGAGGGGGAGCAGUGGCCUCAAGAGGAGCAGUCCUCUCCUGGCAGGCAUGGUGCGUGCCCUCUGCACUCCUGCUCACAUCCAGCAGUAUUGGCUCUGGGGCCUUGAGCUGACCCCAUUUUCAGUGUCCCAACUCCAGACUGUUAAUCUGUAACUAAUGUCUUUUUCUGAAAUUUUCAAACUGAUGUAUAUUUUAAGACCAGAAAUAAACUAUUUUAAAAGUA